CAAGGGGUUACUAACGCCCAAAAAAGAUUAGAGGCAUGGGCCCUGGUAAUGUGAGUGAUCUCUGAUUGGCGCUCAUGCUUUUUAGCUGUCAAGGCUACCUAGUACCUGGUUCUUUCUGAGUUUCAGGUCCCAGCUACAACGACCUUUCUUUCUUUCUCCUACAAAGCGCUUGGGUGGUUGAAGGUGUUGUUUUUUUGAGAGAAGCGAAAUCUUCUUCCUCCUAUUUCCCCUUCAUAUUACACUGUCCAUAUCUUCUAUCUUUUUCUCGAUAUCACCCAAACCCCUUUCUCCUCAUCUCCGACCGUUAUCCGCCCAUGAAUGUGUCUGACUGCUUUACAACCACCGUUCCAUCCACCAUGCCGGGCAUCUCGUCUGAGCAAACAGACCCUUUUUCUGCUGCCAGCUUAAAGAAGCGAAAGAGGGAUCCAAUGCAGGAUGAAGUCGUUAAUUUGGGUCAUCCGACCAUUUUUAUGCCAUCAUCGCUCCAUAGCCCGGGUCCUUCGUUUCGAUUAGACUGCUCAGAGAUUCCCAGUGAAAAUGGAGAAUUUACCUAUCGCCAUCGUUGCCUUCCCCGGAAACGACGCGUUCUCCAACAACCAUACCUUCAGCACCAACAAACCUGGCCAGACGGUUUACGAGCUGCCCCACAUAUCAAUACGGCACAGAAGCUUCUAUCAUCGAACAUCUGUCUUUCCUCGGCGUCGAAUACUGCCUCCCCGCCUAUUUCUCCCAAGACUCUUAUCCCCUCCCACCCGCAUCAACAAAACCCGAACCCUUGUACAUCCGCUUCGUCCCUCCGUCCAUGUCACAUUUGCCAUCGACGACCCACAACAAGAGAAUUACUCGACGCCUAUGCUGACUGCGAUCUGUGUGGCCAGCGAGCUUGCUACAUUUGUCUCCGACAAUGUGACGCGGUCGAUUGCUGCGGGUCCAUAGAUUUGUUUGCAAACAAUCUUUUUAGGGACGGAUCAGACAGGCUGCAGGAAGGUAUCGAUGGCAAUGAGACCGGACUCAGACAGCCUCGGAAAAUAUGCUCUUCUUGUGCGGUAGAAGGGGUAACCGAUAUGGGGAUGGAGGUGGUACGAUGUCUUGAUUGUGUUAGAGGUCACCUGACUCAAUGGCCUCCUGGUCAGUCCGGAUGAGAAUAAAUCGACGCAGACAAGACAUACUAUAUGGAACUGGUGCUCGAACCUAGUCUUUCACCCAAAACUUCUGCAUCAAGCUCUCACCCAUCCUAAAUACCACGAAGUGGAUGAUCAGAGCUGCCCAACCGACCCUAAAACAAAAUGAAAUGAAUAGAAUAGUGAUACCAGCACAUCAUUUAGUGCAUAUAUUUACAGGACAGAGUUAAGGAGCAUUUACUGGAUUGAUCCAGGCCGAUGAGGCGGCAGGUGGAAUAAACAAUGCCAACCCAUGAGAUC